AUGCUCAAUCCCCUGAUCCCUGCACUCACUCCGCUCGCGAUGGCACGGGGGCGCACCAGAGCCAAAAGGACAGCGGACCGCCAGCACGUGGAAGACUUGCAGGCGUUGAAUGAGAAGUUUUUACGCCGCAUUCCCAGGACGAAGCUGCUGCACUGGUGCAAGCAGCUCAAGUUGGGUUGGGCCUUCAAAGCGCCUUGGCACCGGGUGACAAAACCGGAACUCAUCGAUGUCUUGAAGACGCUCCGCAACUACUUCCCUGAGACGGAGGAAGAAUGGUUGUCAUCCUGGUUCCCGCGGCGGCGGCGGCAGGCGGAUGCGGAGUCGUGA